GCGAAUAAUUUCGAGACACCCACCUAAUGUAUAAGAUGUGAUGGUCUCACAUCUGAGAAAGAGCGUGCGGCGUUGGAAAUGAACCAUCAAUUUUUAGAGUUCGUUUCGUUGUCUAAAUCCUUUUCACAGAUAUUUCAGGUUAUCUAAAAUGGAGAAUAAUGGAAACACAGACAGAAGACUUGGUCUUCUCCAUACCACCGGAAAUGCAAUGUUGACAACAGCCUCCAAGGCCUACAAGAAAGCAGAACUACUGCCUAACCCAGUUGGCACAAUAGCACAAAAACUAGGUAGAGUUGUGAGGCCAAUUGUUCACACAAUCAAAAAUCACUCCCUAGCAAUCCUCUCUUACACAGAUGAUCGAAUCUUAUAUGCUGCAAAUGUUGUUGAGAAUGUCUUCCCUCCAUCCAGCUACAUCUUCAACAAGAUCGGCAUCCUCGUACAAGUCAUCGAAACCCUGCCGGUCAAAUUUGACAAUGCAGCCGACAAAUUACCAGCGGUAAUACAACGAGUGCCGCAUUUGGAAUGGGCAUUAUCCCAGUUGCUAUUGAUAUUGAGUUUCUUGAUUAAUAUUACAUUCACCGAUUUGGGUGUCGAUGGAGCUGUUGAGAAAGAGAUUAGAAUUGACACCAAUUCACAUGAUGAAAUUGCUACAAAUAAUAACCGGCUCACUGGAAACGAAGGGAUGUGCAUCCAAAGCAGUACUGGCAAUGAAGAAGAAAAAGAAAAUGAGAAAGAAAUCAAGGAGAUGGACAAAGACGUCGACGUGAUGGUUGAAAAAAGAGACGUUAAUGAAGAAGAGAUGAACGAAAAGAAAGAUGCAACAACUCUGCCUAGUUUUUUUAGUGAAGUAUUAGAGAUGGAUAUGAAGAAAAACGAAGACGAAAUAAGGCAACAACAACAAGAAGAAGAAGAACAGUCCGACGACAAAGAAAUUGUUAGUGUGACUAAAAAUGAUGAAGUAAAAGACACUAAAGUGAUCAAGAAAGAAGAACAAAAUCCAAUUGAAAAGUUCUUUUCUGCGACAGGGUGGUUUAAAAAGUAAGGAAAUGUUGGUGACAACGAGGAACAAAAAAAAGAUGGCAAGUGUAAGACGAUUUUAUAUAUUUGAAGCAUAUAGAUAUUCGAACAUGUGAAAUAUAUUUUUCUUUUCAAAUGUAA